AUGCUUCAAUCACGGGAGCCUGACAGAGGGACUGAUGGUGCCCGUGAUGUGACAGAUUCCAUCGCUGAACCGGAGGAUUUUGCUGAUACUACUGAUGCAGAUGAGGUGGGCGAGGCCACACCAUCAAGUAAUAGAGGGCAUACGAAGAAAAAGCGUCUCUACCAGCGGUCUUCAAUGCAACGUGCAGUCCUCAAAAAUUAUUCAUUGGUUGAUGGCAAGAAAAAAUGCUUGAUCCUAACUUGUCCAUUACCACAGGAGCUGUACUCUGGGUAUUGCAAGCACCACUCAUCAAGGAUUAUCCAAUAUGUGUCGUCAUUGAAAGCUACGGGUGCUGAACUUCCAAUGCCACAAUGGGAGUUGAAACUUACGGAUGAUGCAAUGACUGAUGUCAAAACUCUUUCAACAAGCUACCACAGAAGUCCUCAGAAUACCUGGGUUAUCGACUUUGAGUACAUCUCUCUGAGUGGGGAUAUGUCUCCGAUACCACUCCAGUUUGCUAUCAGGCAGCUUGACGGCAAGCUACUAGAAUGUUCACUAUGGCCUGUCUCUUGA